AUGACAGAUAUGGGCAUUAAUGGCCUUCUCUUCACCUUCCCUGACGAGGAUAAAGCAAGGAAAGUCCUCGAGGAUGGACCUUGGAGCGUUAUGGGUAGCAUUCUGAGCUUACAACCAUGGGAGCCCCAAAAAUCUGUGUUCGAAGUGAAGUUCAAUCUGAUUCCGUUUUGGGUUCAGAUCCAUGGGGUACCCCUGGAUGUUAUGAAUGUUAAAAACGUAUCAAAAAUCGCAAGCCUCAUUGGAGAGAUCCUACUGGUGGAGAACCCCCUGGUGGAAGGAAAGCUUCUUAGAACCUUUUUCAGGGUUAAAAUACGAAAAGCUUCAGGGUUUUUGUUACAACUAUGGCCUAAUCGGACACGAGCAAAGGUUAUGCAAGGUGCCAAGAGCUACGACCUCUUUCAACCCGUCUCUCCCCCGAGGGAACAAAGAAAGGUAAGGCUUGGUUCUUUCUUUGCCUAUGCACUUCUCAAAGCCAUUUCCUUUCUUGAAAAUAACUGGCAGAGCUUGUGUGAGGACAUACGCAGUGGAAAGCUGAGUUCCUUCAUAACAGACACAAGUUGCCGCUCAGGCAUGUCUACUGUGCUUUCAUCCCCUGGCCCAUGUCUUGCAGAUGAAAUCACUAAAAUUUGCAGCCAAAAUUCUUGGAAGGGAGUUCUCUGUCAUCUUUGGCCAAAGGCCAAGUACAUAGAAACAGUGAUCACUGGGUCCAUGGCUCAAUAUGUUCCUUCUCUGCAGUUUUACAGUGAUGGGAAAUUGCCUUUGGCUUGUCUCUGGUAUGCUUCCACUGAGUGUUACUUUGGGAUCAACAUAAAACCUUUAAGUGACCCAGCUGAUGUUGCUUUCACAGUGUUGCCAAACAUGGGUUACUUUGAGUUCCUUCCUCUUGGAGAUAACGGGACACUAUUGAUGAACUUUGAGGAUCAGGAGCAUGUACCCAAUGACAAGCUCGUGAAUUUGGAGAAUGUCAAGCAUGGUUACUUUUAUGAGAUUGUGAUCACUACCUUUGCUGGGCUAUACCGAUACCGUGUUGGUGAUGUACUUCAAGUGGUGGGAUUUUACCACAAAACUCCACAAUUUCGAUUCAUUUGUAGGAAAAAUGUUGUAAUCAGCAUUGAUUGUGACAAGACCACGGAGGAGGAUUUGCACAAGAGCGUCACUGUUGCCAAGAAGUUGUUAGAGCCUUGUGAUGCUCUCCUAGUGGAGUACACAAGUUACCCUGAUACUUCUUUGAUACCAGGACACUACGUUUUGUUUUGGGAAAUACUAUAUUGCGGUUCAAAGAUGGAGUCAAGGCCCCCACUUGAUACAAAUAUUCUUCAAGAAUGUUGCAUUACGGUUGAAGAGCAUCUAGACACCAUAUACAGACGCUUACGCAAUAAAGGGGUAAUAGGACCACUUGAGAUACGUGUAGUGGAGACAGGAACAUUUGAAGCAUUGAUGGACUUGUUCAUUAACCAAGGGACUUCAAUCAGUCAGUACAAAAUACAAAGGUGUAUUAAGUCAGAUAAAGCACUCAAGCUGCUGAACUCCAAAGUUACUACUUCCUUUUACAGUCCUAGACUUCCCAAAAUGGGAUUUUAGAAGGUGUGUUAAGUUAUUGUUUUCUCUUGGUGGCAAAAUCUUGAGUCUAUAAACUUUUUGAAAGCUAUCAACUUAACAGGUUUUGAUUCAUUGGUGGUGGUUUUAUUGCUGGAUUUUGCUUUUAUCCUUUACUGUUGUAAUCUCGGUGGAGUUUGAAUUGUUGUAGUCAAGGUGUUUUAUUAUUUAGGUGGGAUCUGGUUAGAACUCUAUCUUAUCUGAGAGAGAUGUUCUCAGAAUCUAUCUACAAAAUCACUUCAUGUUUUAAAAAAUAAAAUAAAAUAAUCGUGAAAGUUUUGUUUUUUUUAGCACAUCUGAAAGAUAAACUACAGCCCUCCAGGGUUGAUCCCUAGACCUCACCCUC